UCCCAGGAUAAAGUCCACCAACUGGGUCAAACACGAGCAGCACAAACACUAAUACAGUGUGUGACACCAAAACAGCCUCAAAAACAUCAGGCUGAGAGACGAGAAGAGAAGAAACUAACCAGCAUGGAUACAACAUCUUCAUUCAUCAAGUCUGUAACCAAGCGAGUGUGGUCCCCGACACAGAGACCUUUCAGAGUGUGCUGUCACAACAGGAACACCAGGAAAGGCGUCACGGCCGGGACACUGGAGGAGCUGAAGGAGAGGGUAUGCCAGGCGUUGCUGCUCUCGCUGUCUGCAGUGUCUCUGUCUCUGGUUUGUGAGGAUGACGGUACAGAAGUCGACUCUGAUGAGUUCCUCAUGACCCUACCCGACAAUGUCAUGCUCAUGGCCCUGGAGCCUGGACAGACAUGGAGAUCACAACAAGGUGCAGUUGUGCCCAAGGCUCAAGACCACAACAAAUCACGUACUGGGAGAGACAUAGCCCGCGUCACCUUUGACCUUUACAGGAUAAGCCCCAAAGAUGUGUUUGGCUCAUUGAAUGUGCACGCCACAUUUCAAGGCCUGUACUCGGUGAGCGCUGACUUUCAGUGUCUUGGGCCCAAGAAAGUUCUCAGAGAAGUGCUGCGUGUGGCCUCCACCCUUCUUCAGGCUGCUGGACACCUGCUUCUCACGUCUGCCACCAUGAUCCGCCGCAUCAUCGAAGGCGCAGAGCUCUGGCAGCCACAGAGGGCGGAGUACGCAGCCAGAUGGAACUGAGAUGGACCCGUUUAGAUGCAACCUAAAGUAAUGAGGUCUUUUGUGUGACUGCUGGACCUGUUUGAGAGCCUCUCAAUUUACUCUUACCCUUCAGUACCUACAGUAUUGGAAAAUUAUGUUUUACCUCCUUAAGAAGAGGAAAAAGAAAGCACCUUGUUAAGAGAAAUAUCUGCUGAGGUAGCAUUUGUAAAUAUUAACUGUGAUUGUAUGAAUAGAUGUCGUAUUUUUGUAAUCAUAUUUCAGGUUUUAAACUGAUUUUUGAUACUUUUUGCCUCUAACAAAGCAAGAUUUAGUAAGAUAGCUGGCUAACUUGUGAAAUAUUACCCACAUAAUAUCUUUCACAGCAGGGCCAGACCAGUAAAACUCCUGCACUGAGGUUUAACUGCACAUUUAAUCCUGGACAUAGUAUGUUAUUAUAAUAAAAAGAAGUGCUCUUUGGGUUUAAAUUGUAAGAAAUAAAAGUGUAAAAUAACAGAUAAACUUCUGGUAGCUCAUUUUCUAGACUGUCUUUAAGUAUAAAACUGAACCUAACCUAAAUAAAAUUGUUGUUAAUUAGCAGAAAAGGAAAGAAAUGUAUACAGUGGUGAAAAAAUAACUUCUCUGUCAUUUAGCUAUUAAUUACUUUGGUUUAGUAUGAAUGACCUGGGAGAGCUCUUAGUAGGAAAACAUGUAAAAUUUAGUGAAAAGUCAGAAAUCUACACUCUCCUUCACAGUUUCAGUCCAGGACUGAAGUCUUUAUCGGGCCAAUUCUGGGCCCCGGGCCUUAUGUUUGACACCACUGUUUUAAACUCUUUCGUGUUGGUGUAAUUUAGUGUGGAUUACAUGCUGAAACAUGUGUCUUCUUUCAAA